CUCGGAUCCAUCCGCACCGCCCCCCACCCCACUCCGCAUAUAGCCCUUCUUUUGUUGGUAGCAUCGCCGGCGAGGCCAACCGGAUUCGCGACGCGAGCGCGAGGCUCAUCACCGACGGCGGCGCCCGCAACCGCGGGAGCGAUCCCCUCUCCCCCCGCCGCCCGGCCUGCGGAGAGUAGGGACUCCCUCCCUCUCUCUCUCUCCGGUGAGCGACCCAGAUCCGCUGCCCCUCUUCCCACCGAUCCCCCCGGCAACAACCGGCCAGCUCCGGUUUUGCUGCUGGAUUUGGUUGAGCUCGUGGCCUCCUGCGUUCCGAAUCCUUGUCCCUCCAGUCUAACUGACUAGUAUGUCGUUGUUGUUGUUGUUGAUCAUGGUGGAGUUGUGGUUGGGGUAGAUUUGGCGUAAGUAGCAUUUUCUGGUGAGGGUUUUCUUCUUCGACGUUGCCGCGCUUGGGUUUAUAGUCAAGUGGGUUGAGGAGGGACAAGAGGAGGUGAAAUGAUCCUCUUACCGUUUUGGUUAUCUCCGUGCGAUUUCAAUGCAACGCUGGUUUAAUUAAUAUGCCAGAUUGGUGAUUGGUGAAGAUGCCUAGCUCUAAAAUCCACAACAUGUUUUUUGUUCUAGUCCAUAUGUCGGCGAGUUUGUGAUGCUGAUGGCGGCAUCCAAUUUACUAUCCGUGGAGUGUGGGGCAUCAAUUAAGGGGUGAUUGUCUUAAAAUUCGCGUGUUUGCAUUCAUCAGGGCUUCUCUUUGGAUGAAGCAUGCCAGAGAUGCAUGGUCUAGGUCCAUGAUGUAUGUUGUUGUUGGAGCAACAUUUAUGAUUUAGAGUUUUUAUAUGGUAGUUUGGGUUUUCCUCGAUAUUAGGUUAAAGGAAUAUAUCUAGCAUAUUAUCACUUUUCAGGAAGUGCACUGGCUGUAGAUCGUCAGUCAAGACAACAGUUUAUUGGUCAGCGGAGCGGGCUAGAGCAAUGUUCUCCCUGGCGUAUGGUCUAUGGAAGUACAUCUUUAACAAGACAGAGUUUCAUGUUCUUAUUCUAGGUGUUGACAAGGCUGGCAAAACGACUUUGCUCGAAAAGAUAAAAUCGAUUUAUCUGAAAGGAGAAGGGCUUACACCUGAUCGCAUCGUUCCCACUGUUGGACUUAAUAUUGGCCGUAUUGAAGAUGCAAAUGCAAAGCUUGUUUUCUGGGAUCUGGGAGGUCAGGUUGGACUUCGCACAAUCUGGGAAAAAUAUUAUCAAGAGGCCCAUGCUAUAAUAUAUGUUAUUGAUGCUGCCGCUGCAUCAUCAUUUGAAGAUGCCAAAUCUGCUCUAGAAAAGGUUCUUCGUCACGAGGAUCUUAAAGGGGCACCGCUGCUGAUAUUUGCAAACAAACAGGAUUUGCCAGGGGUCAUCACUGAUGAAGAAUUAGCUAGAUAUCUGCAGCUUAAAGAGCUAGAUGAGAGGCCGUACAAGUUUCAAGCUGUAUCUGCCUAUGAUGGGAGGGGGAUCAAAUCUGGCAUAGAUUGGGUGGUGGAACAGAUGGAAAGAAGUAAACGCACUGAAGUUCUGAGGGCGCGAGCAGGCUUUACUGGGCAGAUUUAGAAUGUUGACCCGCAGUUUUCAACAAAGAUUUCGAGGGAAAAAAAAUUCAAGGCAUUUGAUUGAAAGGGCUUCUGUUACUUAUGACAAUAUGCAGCUUGGCGGAUUUCAGCGACUACAUGGUUCAUCCUUCCAGAUGGCACACCAACAAAAUUGUUUGCCCUUGUGCGUUGGUGAGUGAGGUGAUUCGUUUGGUUUAUGAGCAUGGUAUUCUGCUCUGUAUCUAAAGAUCCCCUUAGGAGUCGUUCAUAUGAUUGCUUUUUUUGAUACAUGGAAAGUGUCCGUAUAGAGGAACCAGAGAUCGUGCAACCUCUGUAAUGUUCUUUGUGAAUGGGAAAAAAAAAAGGUAAAGGAAUCCAUUGUAAUUGGAGUUCCAUAGCAUGAUCUGUGGACUUGAGCUUCUGAUUAUAGUUCAGGAGCUAGAAGCUUAGAAUUACAA